AUGGAUGUGGGAUCCUGUCUCCAAACCACGCCGCCCGCUCGUGACCCUGUCAAUUCACCCACGCAAUGGCCGGCUCCGAAGUCACGAGCUCCGAAAAGGCGCCAGCGUCGCAAGCACAACGACCACGGCCACGGCCACGGCGAUGCGGCGGACGCCCCUCACAGUGCCAGCGACGCCGAGACCGCGAGCAGCCACUCGAGCAAGGCGAGCAAGUCGAAGAAGCGCAAGCACCACCAUCACAAGUCGGCCGUCUCCUCCCCCGAGGCGAGCGACGCCGACACCGCCAGCCAGAGCAGCAAGCGCUCAAAAAAGUCGAGGCGCAGACAUGCCGAGGCCGACGCCCGCGCCGCCAACGGCGGAGCCAAGCGCCGGCCGAGCCUGAGCCAGCCGGCCCGUGACCCGCGGGACAUCACCGUCAGGAAAAUGAAGAAGCUCCAGGAGGAGCAGGAGGAGGACAAGCCCGCUGUCCGCACCCCCAGUCCCAUGCACAUUGCCUACAUCCCGAAGAACCAAGUCAUUGGCAUCUCCAAGCUGCCCCGCAUCGCCGAGAUGUUCAGCCGCCGCCUGCAGAUCCAGGAGCGCCUGACCAAGGAGGUCGCCAACGCCAUCAUGGAGGUCCUCAAGCCCCAGGGCGUCGCCGUCGUCAUGGAGUCGAGCCACCUGUGCAUGGUCAUGCGCGGCGUGCAAAAGACGACGGCCAGCACCAUCACGAGCUGCGUCCUCGGCUGCUUCGAGACAAAGUCCAAGACGCGCAACGAGUUCCUCAGCCUCGUGGGGCUCAAGAAGACCUGA